AGUUGCCAAGACGACGCCUGGGAAAAUGGCUGCUAAAUCUUCAUCGGAUUCCGAUAGCGGCGGAGCUGAGAGCAAUGAGACCAAUUCGAAAUGGCUGGAUGCACACUAUGACCCUAUGGCCAACAUCCACACGUUUUCCUCCUGCCUGGCACUGGCAGAUUUGCAUGGGGAUGGAGAGAACAAGCUGGUGGUUGGAGACCUUGGACCAGGUGGGCGGAAUCCCCACCUGAAGGUGCUCAAAGGGCCAGCGGUGCUGGCAGAAAGCCCACUGCCUUCCCUGCCAGCUGCUGUUGCCACCUUCCUCAUGGAACAACAUGAUUCCCGGACUCCAGCUCUGGCACUCGCUUCAGGCCCUUGUGUCUAUGUGUAUAAGAAUCUAAGACCCUACUUCAAGUUCACCCUGCCCCAGUUGCCUCCAAAUCCUCUGGAACAAGACCUUUGGAACCAGGCAAAGGAAGACCGGAUAGACCCAUUAACCCUGAAGGAGAUGCUGGAGGGCAUCCGGGAGAAGGCAGAAAUACCUUUGUCCGAACAGUCACUCAGGUUUCUGCAGCUGGAGCUGAGUGACAUGGAGGCCUUUGUGAACCAAAACAAAUCCAAGACCAUCAAGCGGCAGACAGUCAUCACCACCAUGACCACCUUGAAGAAGACCCUGGCUGAUGAAGAUGCCAUUUCCUGUCUUGUGCUGGGCACUGAGAAUAAGGGCCUCCUGGUUAUCGACCCUGAGGCCUUCACUGUUUUGGCUGAGAUGGACAUUCCCAGUGUGCCCGUCUUCCUGGAUGCUUCCGGCCAGUUUGAUGUGGAGUUCGAGCUUGCAGCCGCUUGCCGCAAUGGUAACAUCUAUAUUUUGAAAAGAGACUCCAAGCACCCUAAGUACAGCAUCGAGCUGAGCAUCCAGCCUGUGGGGCUUGUCCGGGUGCACAAGAUCCUGGUGGUGGGCAGCACCCAAGAAAGCCUGCAUGGCUUCACACACAAGGGCAAGAGGCUGUGGACAGUGCAGAUGCCUGCAGCCAUCAUGACCAUGAACCUCCUAGAGCAGCACUCCCGUGGCCUGCAAGCUGUCAUGGUCGCCCUGGCCAAUGCAGAGGUUCGCAUUUACCAUGACAAGGUCUUGCUCAAUGUCAUCCGAACCCCGGACCCUGUGACCAGCCUUUGCUUUGGCCGCUAUGGGCGGGAGGACAACACCCUCAUCAUGACUACUCGAGGUGGUGGCCUGAUCAUCAAGAUUCUGAAGCGCACAGCAGUGUUUGUAGAGGGGACAGGUGAGAUGGGUCCUCCACCAGCCCAAGCCACAAAAAUCAGUGUGCCCCGAAAGACUCGGCUGUAUGUGGAUCAGACACUGCGAGAGCGGGAGGCUGGCACUGGCAUGCACCAGACCUUCCAGACAGACCUCUACUUGCUACGCAUCCGGGCUGCCCGUGCCUAUGUGCAGGCUCUUGAGUCCAGCCUGACCCCCCUGUCAGCCACAUCCCGAGAACCUCUCAAGCUGCAUGCUGUGGUGCAGGGCCUAGGCCCCACCUUUAAACUUAUACUGCACCUGCAGAACACCUCAACUACCCGGCCUGCACUGGGGUUGUUGGUCUGCUUCCUGUACAACGAGGAGCUCUAUGCCCUACCCCGGGCCUUCUUCAAGGUCCCCUUGCUGGUACCAGGGCUCAUCUACCCUCUGGAAACCUUUGUGCAGAGUCUCAGUAACAAGGGCACCUCAGACAUUAUCAGGGUGCUGGUUCUCCGAGAAGGUCAGAGCACGCCCCUGCUAAGUGCCCACAUCAGCAUGCCUGUGAGUGAGGGGCUGGCAGCCGCCUGAGCCCUGGGCCAGUGAUCAAGGGCCUAUGGAAUGGAGCCUGCAAGGUCCAGCCACUUCUACUGAGCUGGGCAUGUUCAUUGGCCCUAGGCCACAGCAGGGUGCUGGGCCCAGCUUCCUGUUCCUCUCCCAAGCAGCCCCUUGCUCACCUCUUCUACCAGUGGGCCUGUAGCAGUAGGUCAUUAAAUACCCAGAAGGCUCAGCGCUUCCCCCUGAGGACUUGCCGAGCACUGUGCCCCUGAGCUCCUGCAGCCCACCACACUCCCCAGCUAAAGCAUACUGGAUCCCAAGGAAGUUCUCUGAGGUAGUCCAGGUGAGACAAGGAGAGGCCAGCCCUUCUUUCCAUGUCCCUUAGGCACACUGCUCAUCUACUGCAGACCAAGACAUGAGGGCAAGGGCCUGAGAAAAGCAGAGUACCUCCCUGAGUGAGACAUAGCCCCUUGCCCCCACUGAGGUUACAGAGGCCUGGCUGCUGUUAGCUCAGCCUAUAGGCAAAGUGGGAGCUCUGGUCUCCCUCCUGUGCUGAGCCAGAGGCCCAAGGAAUACCCACCUUCCCAUAAGGAACUUUUCUAAAGUCUUGAACUCAAUUACCACUUCAGAUUUCAGAGGUCCAACAAAAGUAGUCAAAGGAGGAAGUACAGGAGGGCAGGGAAUGCCUAUGUGGGGAGCCAGUAGCCCCAGCUCCAAAGAUCAUCUAGGUGUGUUCCUGACCUGAUGCUCAUGCCAGGAGAGCAACCCUGGAGAGGAAGGCCAAGGCAGACAGCAGAGAUGGGACCAGCAGCACCAGGAGAGGUAUUUCUGGGUCCCGGAAGGUGGCCCAGAAGACAGAAGCCCAGAAAUAUCCAUUAGGAUGCUCUUCUGAACCCUAGACCCAAAUCAAUCUUGUGUGCCGAAAAUGGCAGUCAGAGUGUAAGGAAUUUAGCUCAAAAGACAUCCACGAGGGGCAUCAAGUUAAAUUGAAGACUCAAAGGUGCAUAUCUAGAAUCAGAGAUCCUCAAUCCUGGCCCUUGCACCUUGUCCCUACUAAGUAUCUGGCCAUCCUAAGCCACUUGGGAGCCAGGAGCCCUGUUCCCUGGAAGCUUGUACCAUUUCCAGGAUGACCAGAUGUGUCUUGAGGUAUGGUACACAGCUCAGGCUUGCAGCAAGUGACCACAUCCUUGUGGGGUUCAGUCUCCUCUCAUGUAAACUAAGGCAGUUUAGCUAGAUGAUUUCUAAACUGUUUUUAGCUCUAAUUUCUUUGGGUUUGUUGGUUUGGUUUGGUUUUGCUUUGGCAGAACCAGGGAUUGAACUCAGAC